UACAGAUGUUUGAAUUUUAUUGUGCCAUUUCACCACAAAUUUAAUUAAUGUAAAUGUGUAACCAAGGCAACAGUUUAAUAUUGGUGCAAUGAGGUUGAUUAUUCCUUAACCAAACUCAUCUUUACUUUCCUUUGAAAUUCCUUGUGUAUAUCGAGGCUGUCAAAACUAACCAAAUUCUAUGUUCUAUAGCGACAAGUGCAUAUGAUUUUUUCAAAUGUAUUGAAUUAAAUUGAUCUUUUCUAUGAUGACACACAGAUUUCGUUUUGAAAAAUUCAAAUUAGGGUUUAACCUACAUUCUUUUUUUAUAAUAAAUUUGCUAAUUUUUAUUUGUUGCUUGUAACUAAUAAGUUACAAAACAAUUUUUCUUUUUAAAAAAGCAGUUAAUAUAGUGCACUUUUUUUAAAAUUUUAGAUGGCGCGUUAAAAAAUACCUAAUACCAUAAACAUCUAUGUACCAGCUAAAUUGGUCUGCCUCAAUAGGUUGUGAUAUUGCUACUAAAUUUCAGACAAUAGCCUGCACUUUGCGCCUUUUCUUUUCUUUCGAAAAAGUGAAGUCCAUUGGUUUUUCUAACUGACGAAUUGAUGAACUGUCAGCGGCCAUGUUUGUUGUUGCAUUUCAAAUCUUAGUUUUCAAAUUUCCAGGAAAGAUCAAUUUAAUCCAUAUAGCUGCUAGAGAUAUAGUGACCCUGCUUAUGUUGAUAAUACAGGAACUUAUGAAGCAAGUAUAAAAAAAAGUAGAGAAAAUCCAUUCAACAUGCGGAUGCGCGAGAUUUAAAAUUUCGUUUUUAACCAAUGGCCUUGCGCAUUCAACAGCCAACAUGGCCACUGAGAGGUGGUCAUUAAGUUUGGAUGCGGUUUUUUUUCCUUCAGUAUUUUCUCCAAAUUUUCCUAGAUCUCGUUAAACGUUCUAGGAAAAUGCGCUGCAUCAAUUUUCACCGCAGUAGGGCCACUAUACUAUCUAAUAGCUAUAUGAGUUUAUCAUUGAACUUGGCUUUUAAAGUAGACAUUUCCGAAAUGUGCAUGUGGGUAUACAAUAGCGCGAUCCACAUAAUUAAUAUUUUUUUAUUUUAAAAUCGGAAAAUAUGAAAAAUUCCAAAUAGAUUUGAAAGGUUCUUGGAUGCUCGCACAGAAAAGAAUUAUCUUUUCUCACUGUUUCUGAUACCCCCUACGCUACAUAUAGCGUUCGGCUUCCAAAAAACUUUGUGUCGGUAUCCUUGCCGCUAGCAAAAUUUUGUAUUCCUCGCAUGCACGUCGACAAUCCCGCCGAUCCGUAAGGUGGUUUAACUGCUUCAAAACGCGGCCAAUUCAGAAAUGUCUGCACGACACGUUCUCUUACUACUUGAUAAUAACGCUCACAACCGUCAGACUUUACACCAAAGUUGAUCUCUCUUAAUGGCGCACGUUUUCUUCUCUGUCGUCUAAUUAAAAUCGCAUCUCGGUUGGCCGUGACCGUGACAGUUUUUUCGUCCCUCGGUUUUCUUUCUCAUGGUAAAUUUAUUUAGAGUGUGCUUUGUGAUCGUGCUGGUUCCGGAUUUGUGAGAUUGGAUACGCGUCUGGGAUCGAAAACUUCAAACAUUCAUUUCGGCAUAUGGAACGGGGAUGCAUUUUAUUUUUCGAUUAGUAAAGUAGAAGAACCGAGCUAUUAAUUACGAACCGAUAUGAAGAUGUGCCUCAAAACGUUUAUUUACUCGGCAGCGGCGACAAUGAAAAUCUGGUAAUGAGGUGUUGUCAGCUGCUAUGGGUACCGCUAUGUUGAGAGCUUCAACCCGGGGCCUUCCACUUCGAGCGCCAGUAGUUCUUCGGAUGUUACAGUGGUGUCCGUGUAGUGCUUACCUGAUAGCUUGUCAGCGUUACGACAAAAGUGAAUAUGAAGUACUUAAGGGCGUUAGGACUUCUCGCCAUUACGUUUUCGACGGUGUUGUCGAACCCACUCGAAACGUCUUCCUCAAGGUCGACUCCUUCACCCGGCCACCACGAAGGAAAUGAACAACAACUGGCUAUUAGCAACGGCCCGAUAAUCGACGUUCUAGAUGUGAGAACGCCUCCAAAAAUCAAACAGGAAUUGAAAAUCAAGCAAAAGGAACAGGGCGAACCCUUCCACCCGGGGAUCGCGAUCCCGAUCGAUGACGACUCCAUAGUUCUGGAAGAGACGACUAAAAAGUUAAACUUUUAUAAAAUCGAAAGACCUGCCACGACGACGAACAACGGCUUGUCGACUUGGAUUUUACUCAGUAACACACCGACUACGAGACCGCCGACCAAGAAAACAACUGCGAAGCCAGAAACUGCUAACGCCAGCAACGAGACGAUGGUGGUGACCGAUAAGCCGAAUAAAAUAGCCAAACCUAUUUUCAAAAAGAGAACGACCACAUCGAAACCCUCGUGGACUACGAAGUUGGCUUCGACGUUGGCUUCGUCCACCACCAAUUCUCCAAAGCUUACAAAAGUUAAAGCAUCGAUUCUCAACAAUGCAGUGAAUAAAAAAAAUGCUAGUACCACCACCGAGAAAAAAAGCACCACUACCACUGCGAAACCUGUAGUCCACACGACCAAAAUUGAAACCACUUCCGCAGAGUCGAACACCACGUCAAAAGAUUCCGUGUCUCUGCCAGCGGAAGCAAAGGAAACGGAAACGGAACUACCGUCUGACGACAAGAAAAAGAAUAAGAAGAAGAAAAACAAGAACAGGAGACGCAAACCGCAGAAUAAGGAAGACAAUACGAAACUCAAAGAAGUGCAGCCGGUGUCGACGCAACUCUACAGUUAUUUGAGGAGCGAAAUCAUCCCCGUUACUGUGGGUGUUAGUCUGGUGGGGCUGUUGGUGACCGCGGGAUUAGCCAGCUACUAUUUGCAACCGUUUGGACUUCUUACCAGGAGAAACGACCCGAUCGAUCGCAAAGACAACGAAGGGGGGUACUACUAUCAAGAUCAGUAUUCGGGCGGUAUCCCGGAAGAAGACGCAAUUGGGAAAGUGAUAGCGGGUAUGCCAGAAAACUCGUUGACGAACGACAACGGUUAUAAAACAUCUACCACAAAGAACUCGUACUCCAACAAUGUGAGGUAUCGCCAUGUGGAUAGGAGAUCCCAAAUCUAUAUGAAUCCGUACGGAACGGUCGAAGACGUUAAAUUGGAUGAUGGUGCAGGGUACCACGGCAAACAGUUCGUGGUGGGCAGCGUGUCGAAGGAGUUGAUACCGGAACCAACUCCCGCAGCAGUACCGGAACAUGGUCCCCGUAAUAUCAACGGAAAUGAGCGAAAGUUCGUGGUUGGGAGUAUACUGGACGGCCGAUUUAAAGGGGGCCCAUCGCCGAGAAAUUUAAAGUCGGGGAGAAGAAGGAGAAGGGAAGUGCCUGACGAUGCGGACAACGAGAUUAUUAACGACGACACUCUCAACCCUGGCUCCACAACGACUGCCGCAACUACGUCAUCUACUCCCUCAGACUCACUCACUCACCUCAACGAGACCACCAACGCUCUGGCGGACCUCUUCGCAAAUUUGUUUCGCAUCAAAAUCCAGUUGGGAUUGGAGAUUAUACGGAACGUCACUCGAGGUGUAUCCGCAUACAUCUCCGAAAUUGAAACUAAAUUAAACGAUUACGAGAGUACAUCUAAACAACCAUUGCGCUUAAGAAAACGUCGGCAAGUCCUCGACACAAAGGAAAACGAGAUCUUUCCCGAAGAUGACGCGACCGCUCAUCAUCCGAAAAUUACCGAACCUUUUUCCAACGAAGACACGGCAAACGCGCACAAUCCACAAAAUGGUGCGGCAACACCCAUCGCCGCCACCGAAGAACCAACGACGGAAGUCUCAGUGGCGGAGACCGGGGAACCUACUAACAAUAUAAUGCAUAUCAGCCAGAAACCGACGACCCUCAUGGACCUUUUGAAAGACUUGUUUCGUUUGAAACUUAGGGUGGGUUUGGAAUUGUUCCAAAAGGUAUCGAGGAGCGUCUCCUCGUAUGUAUCGUCGGUGCAAUCUAGGUUGAACGAUUAUCGCUAUAGAGAUGAUUCAAAGCCGAGGUGUUGAUACGAAAUUUAGAAAAUUCGUUUUGCAGAACAGUUAGAGAUUGCUGUACAUAUUAGAUAUUAGGUUUUCGCGCACUCCAAGAUGCAUUAAAAAGAUUUUUUUACUUUAACCAGGGGUCUAUUAAGUUUGAAAAAGGAGAAUGUGAAAAUUUGGUGGAAGAUGGUUGUAGUAAUUUAUUUUACUUACUUUUUAAUUAUUUAAAUGCAAUUUAUUGUUGUGUUACUUAAGACUGUGUAAAUUUUAGGUAUAUUAUUAAUUACGUCGCAAUAAAUUGUGUAUGAUUU